GUGUGUUAGUUGACUCCCACACUGAGUGCUUAAACAAUUACAUCAAAUAUUUAAAACUGAAAUGGAUGCAGAUGAAAGCUUCUUAGAUCAACGUUCGCUACUAAUGGACGUAAUAAGGCAGCUGGAUGACCUUCAGAAUGCCAAUAAAAUGGACACUGGCACCAAGGGCAAAGAGGAAAAGAAGCCGGAGGUGGACCUCUCCGAGGGUGUGACGAACACCAGUUUUGUGGUGUUUGCCCGUGACAUUCGCAAGAAAUCGUCACGACCCUUUAAACGAGUCCAAAAGCACUCCAACAUCAACCAGUUGUCCUGCAUGCGACAAAUCGAUGGAUCGCCAAAGGAACGCGCGGAGGCCCGAAGAGAUCGCGAAAAUGUUGCUGAUAGUUUUCGCAGACUGGGCAACGAGGAGUACCGUCGUACAAACUAUGAAAAGGCUAUAUUUUACUAUUCAAAGGCCAUACAGUAUGUGUCCGAUUCGCCGGUUCUUUAUUGCAACCGUGGACUAGCCAAAAUAAAAAAAAGGGACUUCAAACUGGCCCUUUUUGACCUGGACUAUGUGAUCUUCAAGCUGGAUCCAAUGCAUUUAAAAGCCUGGCUCUAUAGGGCCGGAGCACUUGCUCGUCUCAACAAUGAGACCGAAUCCAAUAUUGCCAUUGACAAUGCUCGUCUUUUUAAUAGAUCGCAGAAGGAUCAAAAGUACAUAGACUAUUUUUUGGAGAAACUAAAAACGGAAUUCUAGAAUUUACAUACCCCCUUUUUUAUUGUUUUUUAGGGCAAUUGAAAAUUGAAAAUCAGUUGUGUUGUGUAAUUCAGCUGUGGCAAUAAAAGCA